AUGAAGGCCACACUCCUUGUCAUUGCGUCCAUCGCUCAAUCGAUCGUGAGCAUCUAUGCCGCUCCGACUCCCGCUGGGGCUGUUGAAGCCGCCGGUGUGAAAGGAAAUUGGGCCAAUGACUUUGAAAAGAACGACUUCGACGGAAAGAAGAUUGACUUCGAUUUUAAGAAGAACGACUUCGACGGAAAAAAGCCCUUCUAUGGAUAUGGAAAGAAAGGAUUCUUGUAUGAAGCCGACGUUGAGGAAGUCCAGGCCGCAGGUUACAAGGACGAGCAUAACAUCCAGAAGAACAGCCAGCACAAUGCGCAUAAAAACUCCGCCAACCAAAAUCAGCACCACGCCAAUCAAAACACCAACAAAAACGCUCAUAACAACUUGCAAGAGGAUCAUAUCGAGGCCAACCAGCGCAAUCAGAUUCUGGAGAAGGUCAAUCAAGAGAACAACUUCGAGAAGGAUCAUCUCAAUCAAAACAACAAGAACCAUCAUAACAGCGCUCAAAAGAAGGACCAGAACAACAACAACUACAACAACGUGAAGAAACACGAUCAGAACCGUAAGGAUACUUUGAGCAGCCGGCUCGUCCGACAUCUGUUGCGAUUAAUCACCUUCUUCACUUCCACCCGCAUCCCUUAUCCUGCAGAGUUCAACAAGAAGGAAGUUGAAGCCGCUGCCGUCUGA